CGUGAGUGAGCCGGCGAGUGCCUCGUCAGGUGUGCGCGCUGUGCCGCGGUGUCGUGGGCGGCCCGGCUGCAGGAGACGGGGGAAGGUUAUAACCACCCUGGGAGAGGGUCGCCGGGGUCGCUGUCGUGGGUGUGCGCAGUGGGCCGGCGGCGUCAUGGCGGAAAGAAAAGGAACAGCAAAAGUGGACUUUUUGAAGAAGAUUGAGAAAGAAAUCCAGCAGAAAUGGGAUACCGAGAAAGUGUUUGAAGUCAAUGCAUCUGAUUUAGAGAAGCCAACUUGCAAGGGCAAGUACUUUGUAACCUUCCCGUAUCCGUAUAUGAAUGGGCGCCUUCAUUUGGGACACACAUUUUCUUUGUCCAAAUGUGAGUUUGCAGUAGGGUACCAGAGGUUGAAAGGAAAAAGUUGUCUGUUUCCCUUUGGUUUACACUGCACUGGAAUGCCUAUUAAGGCAUGUGCUGAUAAGUUGAAAAGAGAAAUAGAGGUUUAUGGUUGCCCUCCUGAUUUUCCAGAUGAAGAAGAGGAAGAGGAAGAAACCACUGUUAAAACAGAAGAUUUAAUAAUUAAGGAUAAAGCUAAAGGGAAAAAGAGUAAAGCAGCUGCUAAAACUGGAUCUUCUAAAUACCAGUGGGGCAUCAUGAAAUGCCUUGGUCUGUCCGAUGACGAGAUAGUCAGGUUUUCUGAAGCAGAACACUGGCUUGAUUAUUUCCCACCACUCGCUGUUCAGGAUCUGAGGAGAAUGGGUGUGAAGGUAGACUGGCGUCGUUCCUUCAUCACCACUGAUGUUAACCCUUACUAUGAUUCAUUUGUCAGGUGGCAGUUUUUAACAUUAAGAGAAAGAAACAAAAUUAAAUUUGGGAAGCGGUAUACCAUUUAUUCUCCAAAAGAUGGACAGCCUUGUAUGGAUCAUGACAGACAAACUGGAGAGGGUGUUGGACCUCAGGAAUAUACUUUAAUCAAGUUGAAAGUUCUUGAGCCAUACCCAUCCAAAUUAAGUGGCUUGAAGGGGAAAAAUAUCUUCUUGGUAGCUGCGACUCUCAGACCUGAGACCAUGUUUGGACAGACAAACUGUUGGGUUCGGCCUGAUAUGAAGUACAUUGGCUUUGAGACAGUGAAUGGUGAUAUAUUCAUCUGUACCCAAAGAGCGGCCAGGAACAUGUCAUACCAGGGCUUUACCAGAGACAAUGGAGUGGUGCCUGUUGUUAAGGAACUAAUGGGGGAGGAAAUUCUUGGUACAUCACUUUCUGCACCUUUAACAUCUUACCAGACGAUUUAUGUUCUCCCAAUGCUCACCAUUAAGGAGGAUAAAGGCACUGGUGUGGUUACGAGUGUUCCUUCUGACUCCCCUGAUGAUCUUUCCGCCCUCAGAGACUUGAAGAAAAAGCAAGCCUUACGAGCAAAGUAUGGAAUUAGAGAUGACAUGGUCUUGCCAUAUGAGCCAGUGCCAGUCAUUGAAAUCCCAGGUUUUGGAAAUCUUUCUGCUGUAACUAUUUGUGAUGAGUUGAAAGUUCAGAGCCAGAAUGACCGAGAAAAACUUGCAGAAGCAAAGGAGAAAUUAUAUCUAAAGGGGUUUUAUGAUGGUGUAAUGUUGGUGGAUGGAUUUAAAGGACAGAAGGUCCAAGACGUAAAGAAGUCUAUCCAGAAAAAGAUGAUUGACACCGGAGAUGCAUUUAUUUACAUGGAACCAGAGAAACAAGUUAUGUCCAGGUCUUCAGAUGAAUGCGUUGUGGCCCUGUGUGACCAGUGGUACUUGGAUUAUGGAGAAGAGAACUGGAAAAAACAGACAUUGCAGUGCUUGAAGAACCUGGAAACGUUCUGUGAGGAGACCAGGAGGAAUUUCGAAGCUACCUUAGGCUGGCUGCAAGAGCACGCUUGCUCAAGAACUUACGGUUUAGGUACCCGUCUGCCGUGGGAUGAGCAGUGGCUGAUUGAAUCGCUCUCUGAUUCCACUAUUUACAUGGCAUUUUACACAGUUGCACACCUGUUGCAGGGGGGCAGCUUGCGUGGACAGGCCGAGUCUCUGCUGGGCAUCAGACCACAACAGAUGGCCAAGGAAGUUUGGGAUUAUGUUUUCUUUAAAGAGGCUCCAUUUCCUAAGACUCAGAUCCCAAAGGAAAAGUUAGAUCAGUUAAAGAAGGAAUUCGAGUCCUGGUACCCUGUAGAUCUCCGAGUCUCUGGCAAGGAUCUUGUUCCAAAUCAUCUUUCGUAUUACCUUUAUAAUCACGUGGCUAUGUGGCCAGAACAAAGUGAAAAGUGGCCUGCAGCUGUGCGAGCAAAUGGACAUCUCCUCCUCAACUCUGAGAAGAUGUCAAAAUCCACAGGCAACUUUCUCACUCUGACCCAAGCUAUUGACAAAUUUUCGGCUGAUGGAAUGCGCUUGGCUCUGGCUGACGCUGGUGACACUGUUGAAGAUGCUAACUUUGUGGAAGCCAUGGCAGAUGCAGGUAUUCUCCGCCUGUACACCUGGGUGGAGUGGGUGAAAGAAAUGGUUGCCAACUGGGACAGCCUGAGGAGUGGCCCUGCCAGCACCUUCAAUGAUAGAGUCUUUGCCAGUGAAAUGAAUGCAGGAAUUAUAAAAACAGAUCAAAACUAUGAAAAGAUGAUGUUUAAAGAAGCUUUGAAAACAGGGUUUUUUGAGUUUCAGGCCGCCAAAGAUAAGUACCGUGAAUUGGCCAUAGAAGGGAUGCACAGAGAUCUCGUGUCCCGGUUUAUUGAAGUUCAGACGCUUCUCUUGACUCCAUUCUGUCCACAUGUGUGUGAGCACAUCUGGACACUCCUGGGAAAGCCUGACUCAGUUUUGAAUGCUUCAUGGCCUCUGGCGGGUCCUGUGGAUGAAGCCUUGAUCCGUUCCUCACAGUAUCUGAUGGAAGUUGCACAUGACCUUAGAUUGCGACUCAAGAGCUAUCUGAUGCCAGCUAAAGGGAAGAAGACUGACAGGCAACCACCUCAGAGGCCUUCACAUUGCACCAUCUAUGUGGCGAAGAACUAUCCAUCUUGGCAGCAUACCACCCUGUCAGUUCUACGUAAUCAUUUUGAGACCAACAGUGGGAAAUUGCCUGAUAACAAAAUCAUUGCCAGUGAACUAGGCAGUUUGCCAGAACUGAAGAAGUACAUGAAGAAAGUGAUGCCGUUUGUUGCCAUGAUCAAGGAAAAUCUGGAGAAGAUGGGACCCCGUGUUCUGGAUUUGCAGUUAGAAUUUGAUGAACAGGCAGUGCUUACGGAGAAUAUAGUCUACCUGACCAAUUCCCUUGAGCUAGAGCAUAUAGAAGUCAAGUUUGCUUCUGAAGCAGAAGAUAAAAUCAGAGAAGACUGCUGUCCUGGGAAACCACUUAAUGUUUUUAGAACAGAACCUGGAGUGUCAGUUUCCCUAGUGAAUCCCCAGCCAUCCAAUGGACACUUCUCGACCAAAAUUGAAAUCAGGCAAGGAGAUAACCGUGAUUCUAUAAUCAGGCGUUUGACGAAAAUGGACCGAGGAAUCAAAGACCUUUCGAAAGUGAAGCUGAUGAGAUUCGAUGAUCCACUGCUGGGGCCUCGGCGAGUUCCCGUCCUGGGCAGAGAGCAUGCUGAGAAGACACCCAUUUCUGAGCACGCCGUUUUCCACGUGGACCUUGUGAGCAAGAAAAUUCAUCUCACUGAAAAUGGGCUUCAGGCAGAUGUUGGUGAUACAAUUAUCUAUCUGGUUCAUUAAAGUCAUGCAAAUUGGAUUUAUCCUGAUUUCUGGGAACAUGACUGUUCUGAGAACCUUAGUCUGGACCUAAAUAGAUUUCAUUUUUAACCAUAUUCUGCAUGUAAUCAGAAUCAGACCAAGUCAUCUUGGAUUCCUAGACCUAAUAAAUUUUCUUUUUCUUUCUUGGGGCCUCUAAGAGAAAUAGUUUGUACUACCUUUUUUUUUUUUUAAACAAAUUACUAUUUCCCAGAAGCUUGUAGUCUUUCAUAUUAACACAAAAGUAUCAGUAUGCUUCUUUUAUGAAACUUACUUUAUACUCUGUAUGAAGGCUAAGGAAUAUCUAAACCUUGUUACAUUAUAUCUGUUACAGAGUUAGAUGUAUUCUUUAAAAAGAAAAAAGUUAGACAUCUAGUAUUAAUUUGUUAAAGCCAAGAACCCUUAUGACUUAAAAGAAUAAAUGAGAAUAUUUUGACUUGGUUAUGAUCACUAAGCAUUUUAUAUAAAGCAUAAGUAGCAUGAGUAAUUUUUUUCUGGAUAUGUCUACCUGGGCAAAGGGAAAAGAAAGCAAAAAUGGACAAGUGGGACUACAUCAAACUAAAAAGCUCAUGUACAGCAAAGGAAACCAUCAACAAAACAAGAAGGCAACCUACUGUAUGGGAGAUACAUAUUGUAAAUAAUAUAUCUGAUCAGGGGUUAACACCAAAAUAUAUAAAGAACUCAUAUGCCUCAAUAUCAAGAAAAUGUCCUGUUUAAAAAAAUGGGUGGCGGACCUGAAUAGACAUUCUUCCAAGAAGACAUAUAAAUGGCCAACAGGCACAUGAAAAGAUGCUCCACAUCACUAAUCAUCAGGGAAAUGCACUUCAAAACUACAAUGAGAUACCACCUCACACCAGUUAGGAUGGCCGACAUCCAGACAACAAGAAAUGACAAGUGUUGGCAAGGAUGUGGAGGGAAGGGAACCCUUGCGUACUGUUGAUGGGAGUGUAAACUGGUGCAGCCACUAUGGAAAGCAGUUUGGAAACCAAAAAUGGAAAUACCAUAUAUAGCCCAGUAUUUCCACUUCUGGGAAUUUACCUGAAGGAAACAAAAUCUCUGAUUCAAAAAGAUCUAUGCACCCCUGUUAUUUAUUGGUCCAUUAUUUACAGUAGCCAAGAUAGGAAAGCAACCAAAGUGUCUGUCAACAGAUGAAUAGAUAAAAAAGAUGUGGUAUAUAUACCUAACGGAAUAUUAUUCAGCCAUAAAAAAGAAAUCCUGCCAAAUCCUUACAACACAGAUGGACCUAGGUCUGUUAUGCUAAGUGAAAUAAGGUGGAGAAAGAUGAACACUAUAUGAUUAUAUGUGGAAUCUAAAAACCAAACAAAAUGAACAAAAUAGCAAUAAACUUACAGACACUGAGAAGUGACUGGUAGUUACCAUGGGGAAAGGAUUGGAUGGGUGGGUGAAAUAGGUGAUGGGGAAAAAGGCCAAAAAAUAAAAAGAAUAAAUAGGUUUUUUAUUUAUAAGAAUUUUUUUAGUUUUAAUAUGUUCAAUUAACCACCAAUAAUGUUUUUUCAAUGAUACUCAGAUGUAAUAUCAAUUUAUAAGCAGUUUAUUUAUUUAUUUAUACUAAAUUUAGGGAUUUUAACAGAGAGGACUUUCCCCCAGAAGUCUGCAUUUAUCAAAUUUGUCUUGAGUCCAGUUAUGUUUAGAGAUCAUACCUAUUGCAAAUUCUUUUAUUCUUGCUGGAAUGUCUUUUGAUAUCGUCUGUGCCAUCUGUCUUCAUAUGAGGAAAAAAUAUUAGGUAUUGAUUGACACAGGAGAAAAACAUUUCCAUUUCUUGAAGGGUUCAAUAUGGAAAAAGGCCAAGUUUGAAAACCCUAAGAAUUCUAACUUUCAGGUGUGAAGAGAUUUUAUUGAGUGUCUUUGUUUUGCUCUCUACAGUUUGAUAGAACUGGCCUAGUUGAAUGCUUUAUCACAGAUCAUUAAAGCAAAUGAUAGAAUGUUAGGACAGAAAGGUCCUUCUGAGAUCAUCAAGUACACAUCGUCCUUUCGCUGCUAGGGGCAGGCAGGCAUAGCCUAGUAAGAUUGCUCUGAAGUCAGACAAGCUAGGUCAGAUUUCCAGUUCUUCCAUUUGCUACUUGGGUGAAUUUGGCCAAUCACUUAGCCUUAGUUUCUUCAUCUGUAAAAUGGAACUAAUAAUGUACCUACUUUCUAGGCUUCCUGUGAAGUGUUUAGGUGAAACAAUCUAAGAAAAUCAUAUAUAUAGCAUAAUGCCUUGCAAGUGGUAAGCUUUCAUUAAACGCUACUGAUGAAUAAUGAUAAUAUGCACCAGGACGUAUUGGUUUAAGAUUCCCAUCGGCUGUGAUCAUGUCCUUUGUGCUGGUUCCUUUGGGGCAGUUGCUUCAUUGUUCACCCUCUAGAUUCUUUUGCUGCCUCCUCAGUCUGUCGAGCCUUAGUUAUUCUCCACAUCAAGUAAUCCUUCCUGGUGCCUAAACACAAGCCUACUUAGGUUUAAUGUAGGCAAUUUAAACUAUAUGUGCUUGGCAAAAAAAGAAAAUAAUUUCAAUUUUGUGAGUGAUUGUGCCUAUUAAGUGAGCCUGUGAAUUUCUGUUAGCUUUGUACUAAAUGUGAGUUGGGAUUCAUGGAUCCUCUUCUCUAGGCUCAAUUCCUGUGUGUCUUCCGUAGAAUGAGCAUCUUGCUGAGCUGAAUAUGCUUCUUAUGUUUGAAGAUACAGGAGUCUUUUACAAGGAAGCCCCUAAGCAUAAGCCCAUUACUUCAUUUGCUGCUCAACUGAAGAAACAGCAAUUAGUUGAAGUGCUGAAGGUAAAACAGACUUUCCUGAGCUUAUUGAUAAAAGAUUGGUAUCUUCCUAAAAGUUUUUCAUGCUUUUUAAUGUGAAAUACAGUGCACAACACAAAAAGUGAACAUGAAACAUAUAAUAUACACACAAAUACAUUAAAUACAGAAAGUGAACAACAAAACAGCUUAUCAGCAAGGCAGAAACCUAUGUAGUCAUCACUCAGAGAACAGCACAAUGCCAGCACCUCAGAAGCCUGCCUUUGCACCUUCCCAUAGAGGCAGGCCUGUGGUCUAGUGUAGGUUCGGUUUUGAUGCCUGUUCCACGUGAGUUUGAAAAGAAUGUUGAUUCUGCAACUGUAGAGUUCUCUAUAUGCUCAUUAGGUCAUAGUUGCAGAUUGAAUUAUUCAAAUCUACAUCCUACUAUUUUUGUUUUCUUGGCUAACUCCUUGUUUUUGAGAGGUGUACUAAAAUGAUGACUGCAUUUACCUUUUUCUCCUUUUAAGACAGUUUUUGUUUAUAUAUUUUGAUUGCUGUGUUAUUAUAUGCAUGUAAAUUUAGAUUCUAUUAUGUUCCUGCUAAAUUGAACUUUUUCUAACUAGGAAGUAUUUAUUUUUAGAAAUGUUUUUCCCUAAAAGCUAUGAUGUCAAUAUAAUAACAGUUUUCUUUU